AUGCCGGCACUCGAAGCCCUAACCGACAUCGCCACCAGGUAUUUGAAAGCGAUUGCCAAAUUAAGCGCGGAAUCCGCCAAUUCGAGCGGGCGCACUGAAUCAAACCUUUUCGACAUCGCCGCCGCGAUCGAAGAUUUGGCAUCGGUGCAAGGAUUCGACGGCUCGUGGAGAGUUCGAUCACGAUCGGUGUGGAGGUCAGCCGCGAUUAGAGAUUUGAUGAAGUGCGUGAAGCACAUGGAUCAAAUUCCGUUUGGUCAGCCGUCGCCGCCGAUUAUGAGUUGCUCCGGUGUAGGUAGAGUGUUGAAUACUAGGGAUAAUAGAUUGUGGUACAAUGAGGGGAAACUGAAGCACGUGCCGCGGUGGCUGCCUGCGGUGGAGGUGCGCGUAGAGGAGGAGGAGGAGGAGGAGGAGAAGAGGCGAGGGGAAGUGAAGUGGGAUGAGAGUUUGGAAAGGGAAGAAGCGGUGAAUUUGGGGAGCAGUGAGAUGAAGAAGUUGAAAAGGGAAUGCUAUGAUGAAGAUGUGGAACAAGUGCUGGUGAAGAGAGGGAAAGUCAGAUUCAAAAUUGGGAAUGUUGGAAAAUUUAAGGGUACAUGUGAAAACAACGGCAGCGGCGGAGGGGAGGAAGAAGACGGUGGCUGCUAA